GUUUCGCUGGCGCUGGAAUCGUGCGGAAAGGCGAUGCCACUACAAUUGAUGCAGCUAAACAUCAGUGGGUAAGGCCAUCUUCCAGACAACAGCGCGGUAAAUGAAAUGAAAGCAACGUUACAGCACGGUGCACGUCACUAAGGGGGACAGCACAUAGCCUACAGCCAAGUGGACAGCAAUGGCACCGAUAAGACCAAACGCGAAACGCAUCGAAUUUGCGGAAGUGAGCGAGCGGGUGGGGCCUCGACGGUAAUGUGACCACAGACGCCGUUAGGAUUGCGUGAAACGAAGCGUUAUGUAUGACCCUACGAAGACCCGAGGAGGAUUUUAAGACCGGACCCGAAAUGAGACGAGGACGUGCGCAAUGUUGAAGGAGCGACUGAAAUAGUGUUGAUAUGCACUAAUUGCUGGCGCUGAGUGAGGGGUCUAACUAACUAACACCAAGAGGAUUACCAUCAUCAUCAUCACCAUCUUCACACGAGCGAGAUCUCAUGACUGGAAGCAAUGUGAAACGCUGAUAUCGCUCAUUCCUUCAGUAUAUUGAGGAAUAAUAAUGAACAACGCGCAAGAUAUGUCUCCCGAUUUUGUCUUGAUGCGCCUGGUCUCCGCGGCCGAGGACGACCGCUUGGACGAGGAGAAUGGGAAUCUGUCGUCGGUGGCUAUCAAGGGGAACUUUGAAUGCACACAGAAUCACGGCCACAUCUCGGCGGUGAACAAAGCUCCGCAGGCCAGCGGAACGGAGGCACCUGACUCGGGAGUGAUGGCGAACAGACCUGCGCUGUCUGCGCCGCCGCCUCCUCUUCAUUCAGCCGAGGCCCACGGGUACGAUCUCACGCACCGAGGUGGAAUGGGGCCUCAGCUGUUGGUGUUCAGAAACAUAUCGAGAGACUCCGAGGGAUUCGUCGAGAGCAGAUCGGAGGAACAGCGGAGAGCUUUUGAGGACCAAGCGGCGCUUGCUUCCGAGUCUGGCGCUGUGGAUGCUCAGCAUCCGCCUACAUGGACGCUGCAUCCGCAGCUCAAGCUGCCAGUGGUUGCUACGGACACGGAUGGAGCCGAGCUGUGCCACCGGCAUCGCUUGAUCACCGACAACCAAGACUGGCCGCCGGUGGUGGAUCACAAAACGAGCUCGGUGACGGCGCAGCGGCAGCUCCAUCAGCUGCCCGACGGUCCUGUUCUGGAGCUGGCGAGGAAAUUCGGCGAGCUGGGUGUCGCUCCGGUUCCCGAGUUUCUCCUCAAGGAUGGCGAGCUGCAGCGCUGCUCGUGUCAAAGCGUGCUCGGCUCGGCUGGAAUCAGACAAGGAGAGGACCCGACCGAGACCAGCGAUGCGCUGCUGGUGCUGGAGGGCCUCGGGUCAGAGGAGGUGAACGGCCUGGGUAUCAAUGCGUGCCAGAAGACCGAGUCUCAGAACGCGGAGCCGGGUGCUUUUGCGCUCAAGUGUUUCCCUUCGGUGGUGUCCGGGGGACUUUGCUCGCCGGCGUGUUGCUUGUUACGAGACUCUGUAAACACCAGGCCUCAGGCUCCUGCCAGCGACAGACUGACUCCAGAGGUCCCGUCCCAAACCAAACCCAGCCAGGGCACCCCGUGCUCCAGCCAGGCGUCGACGCCGACGUCCCGGCCGGACCGGAGCGCGACCCGGGCGCAUCUUAACCCUGCGAGCGGAGGAGAGAAGACUCUGAAAGUACCAGGGAAAUCCAGGAAGGGCUCGCUUAAAAUCCGUCUGAGUAAACUUUUCAGAACUAAAAGCUGUAGUGGCUCUAACAACCUUUUGGACAAGAGACCUUCAGUCACGUUCUCCAUAUCCUCUGCGGGCAGUUUAGUGGACAUGUCCGGAGCGAGCGGUGGAGAACAAGACACGGCCAGCCAGCCUGGACUAACAAGAGCACAAAGUGCUUUUUCUGCGGCCUCUUUUACUUCCGUUUUUACAGGAGAGACCGUGUCCUUGGUUGAUGUGGACAUCUCUCAGAGAGGCAGGAACUCCCCUCAUCCUCCCACUCCUCCACCUCCCCCUCGACGGAGCCUCAGUCUGUUAGACGAUAUAGGUGGGCCGCAGCCUGGGCCUUUCCUAGUGAGUGUAAUGGGAGCCUCCCUGCAGUCUCUCCCUCUGCCUCUUCCUCCUCCUCCCCCUCUCCACGCCACCAUCCAGCAUAGUCUCAGCCUCAAUGAUGCUUUCUUCCGGGCACUUCCACAUUCUGUCCAAUCACAAAUGGAGACGCCGGCCCCGGCUAGAGUGGCCCCGCCCCCAAUCCUGUGUCCACUGAGAGGAGCCGAUUCCAGCAGCUUCACUGCCAGCCUGAGAGAGCUGGAGCGGUGUGGCUGGUAUUGGGGCCCGAUGAACUGGGAGGAUGCUGAAAUGAAGCUGAGAGGAAAGCCAGAUGGGUCGUUUUUGGUUCGGGACAGUUCAGACCCACGAUAUAUCCUCAGCCUCAGCUUUCGCUCACAGGGAGUCACACAUCACACACGCAUGGAGCACUACAGAGGAACCUUCAGUUUAUGGUGCCACCCUAAAUUUGAAGACCGCUGUCAUUCUGUGGUGGAAUUCAUCGAGCGCGCCAUCAUGCACUCCAAAAAUGGGAAAUUCCUCUACUUCCUACGUUCACGUGUACCUGGGUUGCCCCCGACCCCUGUACAGCUGCUCUAUCCGGUCUCACGCUUCAGCAAUGUGAAAUCCCUCCAGCAUCUGUGCCGUUUCUGCAUCCGACAACUGGUCCGCAUAGAUCACAUCCAGGAGCUGCCCCUCCCCAAACCGCUCAUUGUCUACUUGAGGAAGUUCUAUUACUAUGAUCCAGAGGAAGAGAUGUACCUGUCAAUCAAAGGCAUGCGCCAGGCAGCAGGUGUGGAACAGGAAGCCGAGUCUGAAACAUAGCCAGAUCGCUUCUUUUCACUGAUUUCUGUGUGUGGAUAAUAGAUGGAACAGCGCAUGGACACUUCCUGGUGCAUAGCUCUGCUCCAACUCCCUGCCAGUCUUCCAGCAGCAGCCAAUGAACAUCAGCGACUGGCCCCUCCUCUUUGACCAACACACGGACAGAGAGAGUACAGAGGAGUGCUGGAAUACUGUCUAUGUUGAGCAGGCAAAUAAAUCCAGAGACUGACGUGAUAGACAAAAGACUUGAAAGGUCACUGGACAGCAAACAGUGGACUUAAAAAAAAAAUUAAGUUAAACAAAAAAAUUGGGGUACUAGCAAAAGCCUUCAUCUGUAGGUUAUAUUACACUGGAGUUUUUAAACUGGCCAGUUUGUGAAUCCGUCUCUGUUUGGUUCUUCUUUCUUUCCUCAUCGGGCCCCAGACCCCUGACCCCUGGGUGGAGUGUGUGACCCCUUUAUUUGUCCUUUCCCUGAUUGUAACUCCUUCAGUCUGAUCAGGCCACAUGAACUGUAUUUUGAGUAAAAUACAAUGUAAACUUGAAAAAAAA